GCAGCCCCAAAUUAACUGAUCAUCGUACAUCAUGCUAGGUUUAUCUCCUCCUAUGUUUUCAACCAUUGCAUGGCCUUCAGAGGAUCUCUUAAGUCAUGACCAGAACUACUUCUACAGAGACAGUUCUAUUGAUCAAAGUGCAGAGUCCUUCCUUCAUAUCCUUCCAUCUCAUCAGCCACAAGUUGACCUCGAUCCUUCCACUGCUAUCAGCGGCGAUUACUCCGGCGUUUCCACAAUGGCGAAGAAGCUUAACCAUAAUGCUAGCGAGCGUGACCGUCGCAAGAAGAUGAACAGCUUGUAUUCCUCACUGCGUUCACUGCUUCCUGUCGAUCAAGGGAAAAAAUUAAGCAUUCCGAAUACAAUUUCGCACGUGCUGAAAUAUAUACCAGAGCUUCAAAAGCAAGUGGAGGGAUUAAUUCGAAAGAGGGAGGAGCUCUUAUCAAGAACUUGUAAGCAAGAAGCUGCAAUGCAUGAGGAGAAGCGAAUAAAAAGCACAGCUCGGAGCUCAUUAUCUGCCGUUUCAACCUAUCGGCUUAGUGAUAGAGCAGUAGCAAUUCAAAUAUCCACCUUGAAGACCCACAACAAUCUAUUAUCUGAGAUAUUGCUAAAUUUGGAGGAGGAGGGGCUUCAAGUUCUAAAUGCUUCUUCCUUCCGGUCAUCUGGAGGGAGGGUCUUCUAUAUUAUACAUCUUCAGGUGGAACGAGCUGACAGAUUAGAAUGUGAGAAUUUAAGCGAGAAGCUCAUGUCCUUCUAUGCGUGAGAAAAGGCAA